AUGUUGGAUUUGGUGGUGCAGGUGUCUCUCCAGCCUUUGAGGAGAGCUUGGGCUUAAAAAAAUCGGAUGACAGAGAAAAAAAAGUCUGAUCCACGUUAGCAACUGCCGCCAUGUCCGGGGCUCCAUCCUCUGCCCCUAAACAGGCCUUGGGUUUGUCAAGACGGGAAACUCGGGAAGGUGCACAGCCGCCAUCUACCGUAGGAGAUAAUCACCAAGAAUGCUACAAGCAUGCAGUGACAGAUAAAGAAGCCGCUCUUCUUACAACCUCAGGAAAUCCAUCACCAUUAGAAGAGAUCCAAAAGAAAACAGGCGCCCAGGUACAGCUGGACCCUGACCCCUCACCCGUGCAGGGCACGAAGAUCGUCGUCAUCAGAGGCUCUCGCAGUCAAAUCGAGGACACAGUCAGGCUCAUCAACCGAACCACAGGUGCUCAGGAGAUGAUCACAGCCCAAGCUGAAGCUUUCUGGCUUGAAUGGGUUCUGGAGGCGUUUCCUGAUCUCGACUCCUCCGCCUACUUCUUGCCUCCUGUCUACGUCAACCGAGUGCCGAUGACCAGGGAGAUAGUUGCUAGCAUGGACGUCCUCGUCCUCCAAGAAGCGCCUACCAAUGCCACUCAGGACACUCGGUCAUCAAAACGAUCACCCACCUCCGACCAGGUUCCCACUCCUCGACCUUCUCCUGUCCAGCAAAGUGACGUCAGAGAUGAUGGCGCCAUGCAGCGGGUUUUCCUCUGUUUGCGAGAAAUGGCCAACAAAAACAAUGAAACUUUGGUUGCAUUGACCCAGCUUCAGUUCGGAGACUACCUGGGGGAACCUUGUUAUUCUGCUGCAGCUGCUCAAAUGCCUUUGCCUAAAACUCUCCCUGCAGACAAACCCCGGCAAUGGAAAUAUGGCGACUUCGAUAUUAUUCUUAUUCACCGAGAGUAUGGCUUUGUCGUCUGCGAGGUGAAGGCUAUCGGAGAAAAAGUUUCUCACAUGACAGAGCAGGAGCUACAUGAGAGCAUUGGCAAUAAGCUCAAGCAGGCGGUGUCACAGCUGGACAAGGCGGAGACCAUGUUGUCCCACCUGGUGUCCGACAUCGAUCCCCACCUGCGUAUCACCAAGACGAUGGCGUUUCCUAACCUCACGGCCACACAGGUGCAACAGGCCAUCGCUAGCGACCCACAACUCACUCAGGAGCUGUGUCGAUGUUUGGGCACAGUGGACCCCACUGCCUUGACUAGACUGUGUCUGUGCUCGGACCAGCUGUCUAACCCUGACACACCAAGUGAUGUCAAUGACGAUGUGCUGCGGGAACUCGGGGAGUGGUGGCAGCACCGUGUGACUAGUCCUGGGCCUGACAGUCACAUGACCUCGGAGAUUUACAAGAAACUGGUGGCUAGGUUCUGCGGUCCAGCGACCACGGUGACAGUGCCCUGCAUAUACCCCACGUCGCUGUGUCAAGACCCUGGCUCAGGCCGUGUCCCUGACAGGAGAGUGCUACGCCCAGAUAACCCUCUUCCCGGAGCAGGUCCUCCUGCUCAACACGGCGCCUCCCAGAGUUUUUCUAUCCGGACCGCCGGGCACGGGCAAGACCGUGGUACUGCAGCUGAUGGGCACAGAAUGGCUGCGACGUGGCCACCACGUCUACGUCGUGAGUACGUGGGAGGAGAGCCGUGCCGCGUGCUGCAUGCUGCUGCACGUUCUGCAGCAGACCGUAAGCACUCGUUUGAGAGGACGGGCUAACCCUGACCGACUACACUUGCUGCAGUUCGACUUGGCCAAGGAGGACGUGGAGGAGGUU